AUGUCUUCGUCAAACGAUCUACGCAUCUCGAGAACGCUUGGAGCCCUUCUGGGCGUCCACUGCGGUGACUCACUAGGUGCCACUCUUGAGUUCAAGCCCUGGUCACAAAUUAUAAGGCAAUAUCCUAAUGGCUUGCGUGAAAUCGUUGGGGGCGGCAUUCUCAACUGGCCUAUUGGCCACGCAACGGACGACACCGAUCUCACCCGUGCAGUCCUUCUAGCGUACCGAGACUACGAGGAAAGCAAACAGCCCGGAAGCAAACAGUUAGUGGAAGAAUUCAAUAUCGCCAAAGCAGCAGCUGAAUAUGCACUCAAAUGGAACGAGGGCGAUUGGCCAGGUCGCAAGAAACACACGCGUCCGAUUGACAUCGGAAAUACUACGAGGAUCGGCUUACAGCACUACAAGAGGCUAAAGAACCCAGAGAAGUCUGGCGUAGGGGUCGGCAGUGCGGGAAAUGGGAGCCUGAUGCGCUGUAUUCCUACUGGGCUGUUUGCACCAGGGGAGAGGCGACAGAACGAGUCAAUAGCUAUCAGCGAAUUCACCCACAACGAUUUGAGAUGUACAGUCGCUUGUGCAGCAUACAACGAAAUUGUUGCUGCUCUUGUCAACGACAAGACACCGCAAGAAGCCGUGGAGAUUGGCAAGGUGAAAGCGGACGACCUAGGCUGCGCGAAGGUUAUAGAUGCUAUCAAGGAGGGCGAGACGCUCCCUUUGGCUAAGAUCGCUAAUGAGGGGCCCCGGGGUGACAUAACGGUUAGAGCGUCUGGUUACGUUCUCAAUAGCCUAAGACUAUCGAUUGCUGCACUGCUGGAUCUGCGGUCUUUCGAAGAUGUGCUAGUAGACGUGGUCCGAAUUGGAGGGGAUACCGAUACGAACGGGGCUAUUGCAGGGGGUCUGCUUGGUGCAAGAGACGGGAUAGAGAACAUUCCCGAACGGUGGUUGGAGAAACUGCAGUUUCGCAAGGAAUUCGAGAACGUUACAAUGCGCAUUCUACAGUUGCAGGAGGAUGAGGGGAAACUCCUUGUCAGGUUAGACAAAGAGGACUAA